UUUGUAGGCCAUUGCCCAGACCUCCACCACCAUGACCCCUGCUGUCCCUGCCACGACAGAGGCCUACACACGGACUCAGUACUGCAAAUGGCCAUGCGAGUGCCCGAAGUCCCCACCUCGGUGCUCUUUAGGCAUCAGCCUGGUCACAGACGGCUGCGACUGCUGCAAGACCUGUGCCAAGCAGCGUGGAGAGAGUUGCACUGAGGCUGACAUCUGUGAUUUCCACAGGGGCUUAUACUGUGACUACAGUGGAGACAGACCUAGGUACGAAAUAGGAGUAUGUGCACAGAUUGUUGGUGUAGGAUGUGUCCUCAAUGGAGUCAGAUAUAACAAUGGAGAGACAUUUCAGCCCAACUGCAAAUACAACUGCACCUGCAUUAAUGGGGCUGUGGGCUGUAUUCCCAUGUGCACCAACUCACGCCCUCCUCUUGUGUGGUGCCCAAACCCAAAGCUGAUUAAGAUGGCAGGGAAGUGCUGCGAGCAGUGGAUUUGUGAUGACUCCAGGAAAAUCAGGAAGACAUCUCCACGCCAUAUCUCCUCUGCAGCGUACGAGGGAGAGGAUGAAGCCUGGCAGAACUGCAUCGUCCACACCUCAUCCUGGAGUCCCUGCUCAAAGACUUGCGGGCUGGGCAUCUCCACCAGGAUUUCCAAUGACAACGACCAGUGUCGGCUCCAGAAGGAAAGCCGCCUAUGCAACAUGCGGCCCUGCGAGGUGGAUAUAACCAAACACAUUAAGCCUGGAAAGAAGUGCUUGGCUGUCUACAGAGCCAAUGAAGCCAUGAACUACACCAUCUCAGGAUGUGUGAGCAAAAGUCCAUAUAGACCCAAAUAUUGUGGCGUCUGCACAGACAACAGGUGUUGCACACCCUACAAGUCCAAGACUAUUGAAGUCAGGUUUGAGUGCCCAGAUGGAACUGAGUUUUCCUGGAAAAUCAUGUGGAUCAAUGCUUGUUUUUGCAACCUGAACUGCAAGAACCCCAAUGACAUCUUUGCCGACUUGGCUCAUUACCAUGAUUACUCUGAGAUCGCUAAUUAAAUUGGCUGAAUGCUGGAAUUGACCCAUUGCUCUGAUUUUACAGAGGUUUUAAAAUAAAAGGAGAAUCUU